ACAUCUUCUGUCACCAUGUCCUACAACUGCUGCUCUGGAAACUUCUCCUCCCGCUCCCUGCAGGGUUCCCUGUGCUACCCAGGCUUCUCCUGUGGCUCUUCCUCCCCCAGCCACCUGGUCUACAGCACUGGUCUCUGCUCUCCCAGGAUCUAUCCGUUGGGCUCCUCUCUCUACAGGGGCUGUCAGGAGACCUGCGGUGAGCCCAGGAGCUAUCAGACCUCCUGUGUGGUGUCCAGCCCCUGCCAGACAUCCUGCUACUGCCCGAGGACCUCCAUGCUCUGCAGUCCUUGCCAGAAGAGUUAUGCUGGGUCUCUGAGCUUCAGUUCCAGAAGCUGCCACUCCCUAGGCUAUGGAUCCAGAAGCUGUUACUCACUGAGCUGUGGAUCCAGUGGCUUUAGGCCUUUCGGUUAUGGAGUCCGUGGGUUCCCUUCUGUGGGCUGCGGGUUCAGAUUCUGCCGCCCAACAUAUUUUCCUUUUAGGAGUUUCCAGUCAUUUUGUUACCAACCAAUCUAUAGAUCUGGCUUCUACAGAUUAAUUUGUUGACAGGCCAAACCCAUUUGAGCAAUGCAGCAAGAUUCUAUAGUAAGAUCAUGUGUUAUCUUGAUUUUUUCCAUUGAAAGUUAUCCUAAUAUUCCUUGAUCACCAGCUUCUCUUUUCAUCUCCAGUCCUCAAACA